AUGGUUGCUAUUGGCAUUGACUUAGGUACUACGUAUUCUUGUGUGGCAGUAUGGAGACAUGGCACUGUGGAAGUGAUUGCAAACGACCAGGGCAACAGAACAACGCCAAGUUACGUUGCUUUUACUCCAACUCACCGUCUAAUCGGAGAGUCGGCGAAAAAUCAAGCUCCUAUCAAUCCAUGGAACACGAUUUUUGGCGCGAAAAGGUUAAUUGGAAGGCGGUUCGAGGAUGUCGGCGUACAAAUGGAUUUGCGGCACUGGCCAUAUACAGUGAUUAAUGAAAACGGUAAACCAAAGAUAGUGGUAGAAUUCAAAGGUGAGAAAAAAAUAUUCGCGCCAGAAGAAAUAAGCAGUAUGGUACUUUUCAGGAUGAAGCAAGUUGCUGAGGCGUAUCUGGGUGAACAAGUUCAAGACGCCGUGAUUACAGUUCCUGCUUAUUUUAAUGACUCUCAGAGGCACGCUACCAGGGCAGCGGGCGCAAUCGCAGGUCUAAAUGUUUUAAGAAUAAUUAAUGAACCAACAGCUGCAGCUUUGGCGUACGGAUUGGACAGAAACUUAAAAGGGGAGAGGAACAUCUUAAUUUAUGAUCUCGGUGGAGGGACCUUCGAUGUCUCCAUACUAAGUAUAGGCGAAGGGUCGGUAUAUGAAGUCAAAUCUACAGCCGGCAAUACUAGAUUAGGAGGAGAAGAUUUCGACAACAGGUUAGUUGCUUACUUUGCUGAGGACUUCCGAAAAAGAUACGGAAGUGAUAUAACAAAAAAUAUCAAAGCUCUGCGGCGUUUGAAGACUGCUUCUGAACGUGCUAAACGGUUUUUAACUUCAAUGACCGAAGCGUCGGUUGAAAUUGAAUCUUUGCAUUUAGGAAUCGAUUAUUACGGAAAGAUCUCAAGAGCUUUAUUCGACGAGUUGUGUUCAGAUCUGUUUAAAGACACAUUGACACCAGUCCAGCAAGCGUUGGAAGAUGCAAGGAUGACGAAAGAUGAUAUCAACGAAGUUAUUCUGGUUGGUGGGAGUACUAGGAUACCAAAGGUGCAAAGUCUAUUGCUGGAAUUUUUCGAAAGAACUUUGACAACAUCAAUAAAUCCCGAUGAAGCUGUGGCUUAUGGUGCAGCGAUCCAAGCUGCAGUCUUAAGUGGAGAAAAUCACGAAAAAAUUAAGGAUUUAUUACUAGUUGAUGUUGUGCCAUUGUCUUUAGGCGUGGAAACGGCUAGGGGCAUGAUGUUCAAAGUUAUAGAGAAAAAUACAGCUGUUCCAUGUCGACAAACCAAAGAUAUAACUACACUGGAAGAUUACCAAAGACUUAUGACCAUAGAAAUCUUCGAAGGUGAGCGUACUUUGACCAAAGACAAUAAUUUACUCGGUGUUUUUGAGUUAAAAGAUAUACCGCCUGCGCCAAGAGGUGUUCCAAAAAUAGAUGUAACGUUUGAUGUCGACGCAAAUGGUAUUCUUUCUGUGACAGCUCAAGAUCGCAGUACAGGAAAUACAGAAGGAAUAACUAUCACAAAUGACUACAGAUUGAAUCAGGAAGAAAUUGUCAAAAUGAUAGCUGAUGCAGAGGCCUACAAGGAGGAAGAUAAGGAACAAAAACGUUGCCUGGAAGCCCGGAACCAGUUAGAGACUUACGUUUAUAAUGUAAAGCAGUCAGUUAUAGACAGUGGAGAAGAUCUAAAUGACCAAGAGAAGACGACGAUGUUACAAGAUUGUCAGGAUGCUAUAAAUUGGAUGGAUUCUAAUACAGACAGUUUGCGAGAAGAAUUUGAAACAAAACUGACGGAGGCGCUGAUGGCUCUGUGCGUAUAG